AUGGAUAAACCUAAAUCGACAGUCAUGAAGUCAAAAUCUUCAAGCAGUGCAAUAACCACAAAGUCAGAACCACGGAAACGCAAGAAAAGUCGAAGUAACGCUGAAUUUCGCCCUUCAAUAUUGAAGAAAAGGGGAGUUUAUGUUGAGAAGAAAACUACUAAGAUAGCUAUUAAUGAUAGAGAUUUAAGUCCUAUUGGUCAACUAUCCAAUCCAAGACCCCCGUCGAGCCCACGUCCAAUCCCACGACCAGGUAAAAAAAGAUUCGUAGCAUCCGUCCUCCAAAUCCUCUCCCAAUCCACCACUGGAACCCAAUACCCAGACCAAGAAAACUCUGAAAAAUUAAAGAAGCAAGAAAGACCGAAAUUCAGUCUUAAAAAGAAAAAAGAAGAAGUUGAAACAUUUACAGAAGAUCUUAGCACAUCGACGAGUUCCAAAAGAAAGCGUAGAUAUCGUUCAAAAAUACUGAAUUGCGGACACACAGACUCAGAUUUCGAAAAACUCGUAGUCUUGCAAUCAACAAAAGAAAUUACUCACACACCUUCAAAUGCAUCUGAUAAAAGCAAUUGGUUUAGAAACACUAGCAGCUUCUACAAGGAACCAGAAACCGUCAAAUGGACUGAUAUCUUGCUAACAACACCUAAAAAAAUCAAAGAUGCCCCAGCGACUAAAGAAAAUAAAGAUGAAGAAAAUAAAGAAACGCCUCCAAAACUUACAGAAACAAAAGUCAAAUCAAUCGAUAGAGAUUUUUCUACUUUAAUAGCAGAAGGACCUAAAAAAGUCGACAAGAAAUUGUACAAAUUCUUCUACGAUCUUCUUGAAACAACUUUCAGUGUUUAUAAUGUAAACACGGAAUUCAAUAAUAUAAUACCUCCAUCUACAUUUUCGUCAAAAGUUAAUUUCGAAAUAGAUGAAAAUGUAGUUAGGAAAUUGGCGAUAGAGAAAACGAAAGCUUCCGCUGGUGAAGACAAAGAAACACCAUCUAAAUUUCACUACAUCAAGCCAGAUGUAAAGGACCAGUGGGAUGACAAGCGGUUACUUGAACAUUUUCAACCAAAAGCUGUUAAACUUGCAACACCACUGUCUCCACCUAAAUCAAUAAAAAGGAGACAGAAGGUAAAACCGAACCGACCAAUAGAAUACAAGAAGAAAUCGUUACCGAUGUCAGCAAGUUUGUCCAUUCCUAACAACAAAAUAUCAGUAAAAAAAGAAAGAAAGAAAACAUUCAUAAACCUUUUGAAGAAACAGCUCAAAAUGGAAGACGAAGACUUUGACGAACCACAAAAUUUUUACCAAGCUUUAAAAGUUAUUGCACGAAAUAAACGCAGAUGUCAAAGGUCGAUACAUUUUGUCGAAUCAAAGAAACCCAGCGAAGGAGAUGUUCACGUCUGCCAGUUUAAAAGACGAAAAUUAAUCUCAUCUGGCUAUAAAUCUAGCAAAAAGUCCAAAAAUAUACCGGAAAGUGAUUUUUUUAAAUCAAUGAAAUCAUUCUCCCGUAAUUCAGAUUAUUCCACAAGAGUAAAAAAGCGAAACAAUAUGUGUGUUAUUGACACAACAGCGGAUAUUCCUUCGGUGCAAUCUUUGGAAGUAUUUGGUUUUGAUUAUGAACCUGUCAGUAAAAAGCCUGCUAUUAAAAAUUCGACCUCAUUUCCUCCUUCAACUUCAACUAGUAUCCAAGAAUAUAACAUCAAUGCCCCGCUGCUAAUGAAAUUCAGUAAUAGUACCACAAGUUCUAUCAUAGAAAGUUCUCAAAUUAGAGCACAACACGGACUUAGGGCCCUGAGUGAAUUAUUGCAGAAUAAGUCUUUCUAA